UGGAAACCAGUGUCACUGGCAGCAUCGUCACGUGAUCUCCCAUGGUAACCGGCGAGUGUCAUCAGUUCCGCUCUGGGAGAAGUGCAGGCUCAGUCCGACUCGCUUGAAUUUUACUGCUUCACCUCGAAACAGCUCUGCUCCCCACAUCUGACUCGACAUCUGAGCCUCGACGUCUUCCAGGGCAGACCGAGCAGAGUCCACCACCAUUCGUGCCUGAAAUAUUGUGGCGAGAUUUUUGUAAAAACAGUGCGAGCCGAAAACUAUGAGUCACCUCAACCCAGGACUAAUUUCAGCCUACAACAGUCUCACAGACAAACAUCUCACUGGGUACUUCAGCAACACUCGGAUCAGGAGACACCUGCAAAGAGCAGGACUGAUCACCCGGAGUGGCCGUAUUGUUCCCGACAAGGAGUACAGACACAAGCUGAUCCAGAGAACCCACCAGCAACACGUUCGAGAAUGCCUGGCUCAGGCCAUUUUCCACAAGGUGCUGGAGAUGGAGCGAGUUCAUCGAAUAGAGAUCAAAAGGAGAUUGGAGGAGUUUGCAAGGAGGGAGAAAGUGCACAAGAUCAAGGUGGAGCGCUCGAAAAGGUAUGAAGAAGACAUCAUCAACAUCAUGUCUCCACGCCCACCCACGGGUGCAAGGGGCAUCCGAAAACAGCACUCUGGGCCGGAGGGGGAGCACUCUGAAUCCUCCGAGUCUCUGAGCUCAUCUCGACCCAACACGGCUCCAGGGAAGAUGCAGAGACCGGUGCGUCUGAAGCCGAUCCACGGUAACAGCACCACGGCCUCACUCAGACGCAGCUCCCCUUACAGACUCCUCGAGUCCUCCAAUGAGAACGAGCAGCCAUUCAACUGCACCGUGGACUCCCGAAGACGUUUGACCAGGAUGGAGGCGUCCCGUGGCAUCUCACCCUAUUGCCUCCCAGUCAUCAACAACUUUGUCACUCCAGUGCCUCCAGCAACAAAGAGGAAAGAGAGGGGAAUAAAGGUCACUCCCAGCUGCACGCUCAGAGGCCGCAGACUGCGUCCUACCACUUCGUCUAGUGGAGCUGACGUCAAUGAGGACCCCCCCAUGCUGAGGAGCUCUGUGCACCAGAGCAGAGUGUCUGUGAACAUGGUGUACUAUGGCAAAACGGUGCAUCUGUCCCAUGACCUGACCAACAUGAGAGAUGAGGUCAAAGUAUUUCAGCAACACUGUGGAGGGGAGAACCUGUGUGUUUACAAGGGCAUGCUCCACGAGGGAGAGACUUUCCGGUUCGUUUCAAGGCGGCACAGAGGUUUCCCCUUCAGCUUGACCUUCUUUCUGAACGGGCUUCAGGUGGAGCGCUUGAGCUCCUGCUGCGAGUUCAAACACAGGAAGGGCUCCAGACUUGGCGGCAGGCACGGACACUUUGGCUUUUCCAGCGUAGAGGGGGCCUCUCCCUGCUACAAGUGCAUCAUAGCCAUGGGACUGGACAAAAAGCCCACUCCUCCACCAAAGAGGGUCACAGAGGAUGGAGAAAGAGAGAAGUCAAUCAACAGCCCAAAGGAAGUUCCUGAGAUGAAGACAGAGAGGACCAGAAAGGAUGAUGCAUCCCAUUCACAUUGUGAUACCAGCCAACCACACGAUGUGGAGAUUCAAGUCGAAGAAGAAACAGCAGCUGCGGAGAACAAAGUCCGAGAUGAUUAUGAGGAAGACUUUGAAGCAGACGAUGAGGGCCCUGUAGAAGAUGCUGAGGCAAAAGAUCAGAAAUCCCCGUCUCCAUCCAGUGAAACUCAAAGGCAGGUUAAAGAGGCAGACGCCUCUGAGACUGAGGACGACCAGAAGGAUGACGACAUCGGGUCUCGUUCAGCCUCCAGCUCCUCAGACAGCGACCGAGAAGAGAGCGAUGCUGAAGCCGAUAAGGACUGCAGAGAGGACGAGAAAGCAGAGCAACCCAGAGAGCUCAAUCAGGGCGAAAGUGCUGCUCCGCCAGAUGAAAUGUAUGAACCAAAUCCAGAACAAGCUGCUGCCACUGAGGCUGAGUCUGCUGUGACGAAAGACUCUGACAUACAGAACAGCGCGGGGGAGAGUACAGAGAUAGACAUCUCUGACACCAGCGUCCCUUUGGAGAACGAGAAUAAACAGAGUGACGACACCUCAGGAGACAAAGAGGUUGAGAGACCAGUAGAUGAGAGCAAACAGGAGCAGGAACAGGAGAGGGCCAAAUCUGUGCAGGAGAAGCUGGCGGAGGCCAUACUGAAGGAGUCCCAGUGCAGCUCGGAACCCGAACUGAGCGACACCAGUACUGAGGAGGAGGAGGAGGAGGAGGAGUCUGCAGAUAAAGGCAGUGAGCAGGAUAACACAGAUGCAGUUCCAGAAAAAUCAGUGACAAGUACAGAACAGCAACAGACCCUCAUAGAGAACACAAAAUGUGAAGAGGGUAUUGUUGGUGAAGCUGAAGUGGUGAUACAAGAUGAGGAAGAGACGUCUGAUCCGAAAGAACACGAGGACGAAACUGAACAAGAGCCCCAUCAGAACAGUGACGCUACUAAAGAUGAGUGGGUGGAAGAUGAAAAGGCUGCAUCAGAAGAAAAGACAGCAGAGAAUAAUAAAUCAGAGGACACAGAAGAUACAAGUCUGCAUCCUGUAUCUAAUGAGGAAAUGGAUGACAAAUCUUCAGAGCCUCAAGAAGGCGCAGCAGCUGAAUCCACCGAUACUGCAGACAAGGACGAGGAAAACAAGGAGAAAACUGCAGUUGAGGCUGAUACACAGCCAGACGAGACGGGGCAAGGGGCAAAAAGCGGUGAGGAGGAUGAGUCAUUGGAAUCAAAGAUGAAUAAAAAGACUGAUGAGACAGCAGUGCCAGAUAAUGCAGAGGCGGAGGUGAUGACAGUGAGCGAGACAAUGGAGAUGAAAGCAGAGCCCUCAGAGGAGCAAGAGGCCCUCAGCUGUGAAGAAGCACCUGUACCCGACAGUCAGAAGAGGCAGCAGGGAGACAGUGAAGACGGAGCUGCAGCAUCAGAAACAGAAGUCUCAGCAGAGAAUUCAAGCAGCUCGCUGAAGGGGAGCGGAGACACCGCAGUUGAAAACACAGCGGAGGACAUUGCAAAGGAUGAGAUCAAUAAAGAUGAUAUUAAAGAAGAGAGAGCAGAGGAAGUGUCGGAAGUAGAUACCAAGAAGGAAAAUCAGCAAAAAAAGUGUGAUCUGGGGCAAGAGCAGACUGAAAAAUGUGUGGUAAUGAAUGUCAAGUUAGAGGAGAAAUCUAAGGAGGAAGGUGUGGAGGAAGAAAGGCAAACAAAUCCAGAUGAGAUAACAGAAACUGACAAUAGUGAAGGAAGCAAAGCAGAUGAUAAAGAUCAGACAGAAGGGGAGGAGAAUAACGAGAGCAAGACAGAAGAAAAGGUAGAAAAUGAGGAGGAAAAUGUUUCAGAGUUGACUAAAAGUGAGUCAAACACUGAAGGAAAGGCUGAGAAAACCCAAAGUGAAGAAGAAAAAGUGGCAGUGGAAGAUGACUCAGAAAAGACAGAGAAAGAUGAAGACGGUGAAUGUGUCAAGAAUGAAAAUGGCGUGAACGAAUCUGAAGAAAAGGGAGCCGCAUCUGAUAAAACUGAGGGCAAAACGACAAGUGAGACAAACACAGCUGCCGAUGAAGAAAAGGCUGAUGAGGCAGAAAAAGAUGAGAGCAAAGCUGAGCAAGGCGAAGCUGCAGAAAAUAAAGACGACGAGGAAUCUGAAGAGAGAAAAGUCGAGGCUGAAGAAGGGGAAGAAAUAUCCAAGAAUCCAGGAGAACCUGAGAAAAGUGCAGAUGCAGUCUCAGAUGAAGAUAAUGUGAAAAUAUCUGAUGAAACUGUUGCUGAGUCAGAGGAUGUUGUUGACAGUGAAGCAGCAAAUGCAACACAUGAGACUAUAACUGCUGAGGAGAUGGAGGAGGCUGAGGAUGUGAAGAAGGACAAUGAAAGAGGAAGCAACAAAAACAGUGAAAAUGGAGAAAUCAAUGCUGAAAAUGGGGAGAUUUCUUCCAGAGCAGAGAACCAAAGCCAUGAAGAUGAGGAAGGAGAGACUCAAACUGAGGGCAAAAACUCUGUGAAAACAGCAGAACAUACAGAGGAUGAGAUAAAAACUACAGAAAAUGAGAGCACAGAGGUAAAAGAAGUAGCUGUGGAAUCGGGAGGUGAUGACGAAAAACUUGAAGACGACAAGACUGAUCAGGCUGCCGACACUGAUGUGGUGGACGGUGAGGCUAAGGAAGAUGAAGAUGAAGAAAAACAAGAUGAAUCUACCAAAAACAACUCUGAGCCAGAGACUUCUGGCAUGGAAACAAAAGAGGAAUCUCAGUCUGAUGACAGAAAGGACAGCGAGGAAACAAAACAAGCUGAAAAUGGUAACAUAUCCGACCAUGAAAACAGAGAUUCAUACUGGAUCAAAAAGAAUGAUGACCUCCAGAGUAAUGUCAGUGAGGUGAACAUGGCUUCUUCACAUGAUCAGGAACAAUCUUCAGUACCCACAGCUGUAGAUUUAGAUGAUACAGCUCACAAAUUAGACGAGUCCACUGAACCCUCUAAGACUGACAAACAGCCGCAUUCUGAAGAAAACGCUGACGCUGCUGACGUCUCUGCUGCCGAAGGAGAAAAUGGAGACACGGAGGAGGCGAGCAAGGCCUCGGAGGAAGGCGCGAGUGUGCUGCUCAAACCUCAAGCACAGUCACCACCGCUCGCACAGAACAACGAGGCUGAAAACACAGAAGAGAGCGCUGCGGUAGGCAAAGAAACCCCAGAGGCCUUAGGGAGAGAAGACAACAUAGAUCUGGUCUCAAACUGGGUUACCAUGCAUCAAGCGUCCAAGUUUUUUGAGACGUUCGUCGAACCUUUAGAAGACUUGAAGGAGUCCAGCUUUACACAAUCCACAGAGCUGCCGAGAUCAGCCAGUCCAGUUAAGUUGAUGAAGAUGUCUGAAGAUGCGGAACGAGAGCAAACGGCAAAAGAUGUAAGUGAGUCAAUGGACAAAACGAGGGAAAAGGAAAAAGAGGAAGCUAAAGAGCCAGAGCUUGAGAGCAAUCACUCUGAAGGUGGUGAACCAAGUGAGAAGGAUCCUGUCAAAGAUGUGCUGCAAGUGCAGGAGGAGGUGGAGGUGAAACACUUCAAACCAGAGGCAGAGAGCGAACAAAACGAAAACGAGUCUGCGAAAGGGCAAGACGUGAGGUCAGAGGAGCGCAGAGGAAGCAGAGGAUCUCUGGAAGAAGACCAAGUUCAGGAGGGUUUAAUGCAGGAUAACACUGAGCAAACUGGUAUUUCCAAAACAGAAGUGGAAAGCAUUGCAGGCACUCAUCAUUCAGUAACCAGUGGCAGACCUGAGAGCAACUCUGAGAACCAAACUGAGGACAAAACUACUGAUAACGGCCCAGACGUGGAUGAAAAGCAAACAACAGUUGAAGAGAUGAAAGAUCUGCUACCCUCAUCUGAAACCGAAAUUCCUCGUGAGCAUUCAAUUCCAGAAGGACGCUUCGAAUUGAAGGCAAAUGACGAAAAAGAUACCGAAGACAUGUGGGAAAAAAGUCGAGAAGUUACACAAGUGACUGAUUUUACAGAGGAUGGAAGUCAGGAGGAGUCUCACCAUAAAGACUCUCAGCCCACACUGUCUGACAUGAGCAUCAGCGGAGACAGAAGAGACGUUCAACUGAUUCAAGACAUUCAACACACUCUUAGUAAAGACCGGCUGAGCGCCUUCUCAGUGGAUGAAACACUGUUCGGUCGAAGUUCAUAUCCUCUGCUGACUGCUGCGAGGACAGAGAGUGGACAUUAGAGCCACUAAGAUGGUCUUCAUCCUUCAGUCACCAAAAGAAGAAGCUGUAUAAUGAGUUUUGACUGCUGUAUAAAAUGUUUACAAAGGAUCCCCUCCUCCUAUUGUUGGCAACAAAGAGGCAAAGUUUGUGUGAGGUAUCAAGUGCAGCUGCUAUCACCCAUUACCUGUAAACAGAUACUCUUCCACUCACACUCACAAAUGAUUGAAUAAUUCAUAGUUGUUGGACUACCACAGCUUACACUCCACAGGUCCACUGACUGGCCACGAGCACAAUGUCACGGGACUUCAGCUGUGAUCACAGAUCUGUAGUUGCAAUGUGUCUGUGUCUUUUUGUGCUUUCGUGCUAUUGUUUAAAUGACUUCUAUACAGAAGUGGAGCAGAACAACAGCUUAGGCUAACAGGGAUAAUUCUUUCAUCAUUAGGCUGCUAAUGAAAUAAAACAGAGGUAAGCUAAGAGAUGUCAUAUCUAGGCACUGAUUUGUGUCAUGAUUGCUGCUAGCACUAACUCUUAUAACAAAUACAUGCUUGGUAUUAAUUUUUACGGCUUUUUACGGAUAGUGUGAGUUUGUGAGGCUUUAUCCAUUUGUUUGUCAAUGACUGAACCCUUGUGUGAUUUGGCCACUCAAAAAAAAAAAUAAAUAAAUAAAAGCAAUGAGAUGGAUACUGACUUUCUGCUUUUUUUUGUUUUCCUUGAA